AUGCGGAUAAUCCAGGUGGUGGAGACCGCAAAGAUUCAGAGCCCGGAGGACUACGAAGACAUUUACGAAGACGUGAAGGAAGGUUGCAGCAAGUUCGGGGAGGUAACUGGAGGGGUCAUUAUAACACCCGACAACCGUGGUAGCUCCCCCUACCUCUUGUGCGAUGUUUUGUUUGAGUUUGCUACAGCAGAAGCAUGCGACAACUGUAUUGCAAACAUGAGCAGUAGGCGGUACGAAGGCAAGCAGAUUACAGCCAUCCGGUUGGAUGCAGAGGAAGUUGAAACAUUUGUCAUCCCUCUCAUUCAGAAACACAAAUGA